CUCGACUUCGCUCAAUUUGGUAUAUGGCCAGACAUGGGAUCUUUUAUGUGCGACUGAUCCACUGCAAUUACGAAUGCGUGUCUGGAUAUUAACACCCCUCAAUCACGACAUCGGAAAUCACCUGGAUUAUACGUGAAUAAACACCUGCCUGUUGACUGCAAGAGGAGUGAACAUUCUUCCCCAGGUUUUUCGAAAUGGCGAAGGAAAGCGACAGAGCCCCCUUUACCCCUCGACGCCCCAACGAGCAGUCUCAGCGUCCUCUAGCUCAUCCAGAAUUCGGCAAACCCUCACCCCUCCGUCCAAUUCACGCUCAGUCAUCCCAUCUCCCUUUUAAUAUCCCUAAACCGAAUCAAGCACGGCCGGAGCACCACAGGCCCCCACAACGACCACAGCAACAGGGCUCCACGCAACCGCCAGUGACACCUCGUCCUUACCGUCCAGUCACUAAUGAGACUAGGGGGCCCGUAACCGCUACGCCGGUGAGGCAAUCGCAACCAUGGAAUCCUUUCAAGCCAGUGAAGCCCGCGGCAUACAACAGUGGUCUGUCUCUGUACGCUAAAGACGCCGUUGGGAUCCAACGCCCCGAAAAUGUGACAUGGUCGACUCCAAAAGCUCCCAGGGAAUUGUACUCUUCGAAGAAGCCAGGGCCUGUCAAGAUAUCAAACGCAUCGAAGAAUCUCAAGAAUUUUAUGGACCUGACGUCUACUACAACUGACUAUUGGGACAGUAACAAUUCCUGGUCUAAAGACAGUGCAUCUCUGGAUACAGGAGCUUUUGUCGAUUCUGCCAAAGCGAAUGAGGAUAUCAAGGCUCUCUUAGAGGGUACAAUCGAAGACGAGAACGAUCAGCCGAGCAAAAACUCAAAAAGGGACACGAAGAAGAGAAAGAACAAGAAGAAGCAAAAGGCAAAGGAAAAAGAGAGACAGGACCAGGAGCGAGAUAAUAGCAAGAAAGACUCGAAUUUUGAUAUCGAUGACUUGGCUUCCCAGUUACAGGGAGUUACUGUGGCUGAUACUAGAGAUGACAAGGAAGACCACAGCAAUGGAACAGACGAAUCUGUGAGGGAGGAGAAGAACAAAGAGGAAGAAGAGGAAAGGCCUGAUAGCAAAACAGAUGAAAUUAAUGGUGAUGAGGACAAUGAUAGCGAGAGUGAAGAAGAAGAAGAAGAUGAUGACGAUGAUGGCACAGUGGAAGGCUUGAAAGUUCAAUUACUUCCUCACCAGGUGGACGGUGUCCGCUGGAUGUGUGGCAAAGAGACCGGCCAUAAGAAAGCCAAAGGAACUCCCCCCAAAGGUGGAAUCCUUGCGGAUGAUAUGGGUCUUGGAAAGACAGUCCAAUCCAUCGCUUUAAUUCUCUCUAACCGGAAGCUCGCGGAGACGGAUAAAGCGAGGGAAGACGACGCUUCUGAGGACGGUGAAGAGACGCAGAAGUUGCCGGAUGAUCUAAGCAAGUCCACUCUAAUUGUUGCUCCAUUAGCACUAAUUAAGCAGUGGGAAUCUGAAAUCCUGACGAAGAUCGAGGAUUCCCACAGGCUCCGUGUAUGCGUCUACCAUGGCACUGCUCGUACAAAGGCAGCCGAUAACCUUGGGAGUUAUGACGUGGUCAUCACUACCUAUGGAACCCUCAGCUCCGAAUACCGCGCUGAUGACAGUGACAAGGCAAAAUCUGGCCUUUUCUCCAUCUACUGGUAUCGUAUAAUUCUGGACGAGGCUCACACAAUUAAAAAUCGCAACGCAAAGGCCACACAGUCUGCAUGUGCAUUGGACGCGCAAUAUCGAUGGUGCCUAACGGGUACGCCUUUGCAGAACAAUCUCGAUGAGCUUCAGAGUUUGAUCAAGUUCCUGAGGAUCAAGCCUUAUAAUGAUUUAGCUGCUUGGCGGGACCAAAUUAGCAGGCCGCUGGCCAACGGUCUUGGGGGUCUCGCUAUUCAGCGCCUACAGAUCUACCUGAAGGCUUUCAUGAAGCGACGGACCAAGGAUGUUUUGAAACUCAAUGGCAACUUCAAGUCCGACAAAACCGAGGCUGGCGGGGAGGCGAAGAGUUCAUCUACCGGUUUCCAGAUCACAAAACGCGAAGUCAUUCGAGUCGAUGCAGAGUUCACACCGGGCGAGUUCAAUUUCUACAAGCGUCUUGAACAGCGCACGGAAAAUAGUUUGGAGAAAAUGAUGGGCGGUUCCAAACUUGACUAUGCUGGCGCUUUGGUCUUGCUUCUCCGUCUCCGCCAAGCUUGCAACCAUCCAGACUUGGUCAAAAGCGACCUCGCUCAAGAUAAAGAUGUCCUUUUGCAGAAUGGGCCCUCUGAUCGCCAGAGCUCUUCGGCAAAGCAGGAUGACUUGGAUAGUGUUGCCGAUCUCUUCGGGGCGCUCAGUGUGGUUUCAAAGAAAUGUGAUGUUUGCCAAACCAAGCUGAGUAAAGAGGAGGCCAAAGCCGGUUCCAGUCGGUGUGACGAGUGUGAGACCGACCUGAAGAAUAGUCUUGCUGGCACUAGCGAAAAGCGGAAGAAGUCGACUUCUCGCAAGGACCGACGGUCAGAUUCAGUGGAUUCGCCGUCUCGCGCUUCAGGUGUCCGGGCUGCCCGUUCCCGACGAAAUCGGAGAAUUGUUCUCGACAGCGAUGACGAAGAAGAAGGCGAAUGGAUUGUUCCUGGACGGCAGCGGAUGGCACUGAACCUUGGCAAAGCUGGGGGUACAGAUGACGAGGAUGCUGAGGGAGGAGGGGAAUGGAUUAAUACGGAUGAUUCCGACACAGAUGAAGACGUGUUAGAGUCGCCAUCUCAGCGGAAGGAAGGAUCUGCUGCCAUCAGACCGCCUACCUCAACGGAGACUGACACAGAGGACGAUGACAUCUACUCGGACGACGACGAUAGUGAUUCUCAAGUUCUCGCUUCAACAAAAAUCCAGCAUCUCAUGAAGAUCCUGAAACGCGAGGCGCCUGAUUACAAAUUCAUCGUGUUCUCGGUUUUCACAUCCAUGCUUGACAAGGUGGAGCCGUUCCUGAAACGGGCAGGAAUCGGAUUUGCACGGUAUGACGGCAGCAUGCGAAACGAUCUCCGAGAAGCUAGCCUCAACAGAUUGAGAAAUAACAGUGGGACACGGGUGCUGCUCUGCAGUUUGCGUGCAGGUGCAUUGGGGCUUAAUCUUACCGCUGCGAGCCGAGUGGUCAUCCUGGAGCCGUUUUGGAAUCCCUUUGUUGAAGAGCAGGCGAUUGACCGUGUCCAUCGGCUCAACCAGACGCUAGACGUCAAGAUCUACAAGUUGAUCAUCAAGGACUCCGUGGAAGAGAGAAUCGUCGAUCUCCAGAACCGCAAGCGGGAGCUGGCCAACAUGACGAUCGAGGGCAAGACGGCCGCCGGGAAGCUUACGAUGCAGGACAUGAUGGCACUGUUUGGCCGGGAUGCCGAGUCGGGAUACGCGUCGAAGCACGGCAGUCUCGACCUCAAGCAGAAGGCGAAGCUUCUGACGUCUACAGAAGAGUCUGGGCGCAGCCCCAGCUUGGGCCAUAGCGGUGGUGUCUCAUCACGGGAGCGAAGCCGAGGGCAGCAAACCAAGCGGGUUCCCCGAGAGGAGGAUUCUGUAUUCGGACGACGGUGGUAGGAGCCUAGCCUUGCAGAGUCGCAUGGAUGGUUAAAUGACUGGUUGAACGGGCGUUACAGGAGGUACUCGAGGAUUGUAUAAUGGCUGGGAGGUCAUGUUUCUAGAUUCGGCAUAUUCGGCAUAUUUGAUGGACAUCACAAUGCGUCUUCCUUGAUAUUAUUGCUCUGUAGGUGUGUAGACAGUGGCAGGAAGGCCCGGUGCGUGGCCCGGGAAAAGCAGCCGCCGAUCUGCCCACCGAGCGGGCCAUGUGCAUACUUGCCGGC